AUGAUGCCACCCGUCCUCCCAUCCACGACCUCAAACUCAUUGCUGCGCAGCGCAAAGCAGCCAUGCCUCAUCAAGCCAGCUCGCGCCAAGAAUACGUCAGAAUCUGCUUCCGGUUCCACGCCAUCAGUUGCCUCCGGUCCAUCUGCCCUCUCUCGCACCACACUCAGUCAGCGUUUCCGAAGGGCCGUCCAGCAAGGCGAUCUCAGCGCGGCCCAGCGCAUCUCAGCGAGGGCAUUCGAACUGCAAUUCCUGCCUCAUCCAGCAGCUAUCCACGACGAUGAUGCUGGUGGCGGCGAGCAAUCGAGUCCGAACUGCCCUCCUCGACUACCCAAGGCGGCCCUGCGCGCCGCACAGGCACAGCGUCCUUCGUCGGCGCAUCCAUUCGAUGUGCGCAACGUCGAACCUAUCCCCGAGCGUAUCGGCCCUUCGAGGCAUCACCACCAGCGCAAAUACACGCUCGCCAUCCAUGAUGAGCCCGUCGCUGCUGCAGAUACAGCAACCAGCGCGGACCCGAGCCUGCUCAUCGCCAUCAAGAACAAUGCCGACGUCGAGCUGAUCCGCUGGCUCAUCGAGAUGGGUCACGAACACAAUGCACCCAGUGUCGACGCCGAUGGUAACACCGUGCUUCACUUGGCCACGCUCUACGACCGCUCCGACAUCAUCUACGCCUACUCGACGUACACGACCAGCCACGUCGCGUCGACACUCGCAGACCUCAUCGACGCAGAAACGCUGCACGAGCGCCGCACAGCGCUGCAUCUGGCGUGCAUCCGCGGCUACGACGACGUGACGCGCCAGCUGCUAGAUUUAGGGGCUGAUGUUGACCUGCAGGAUCGCGCUGGCAACACGGCUUUGCACUUCGCCUCUGCUUGGGGACACCUAUCGCUCGUCCAGCUGCUUAUAGAAAGGGGCUGUUCGCUCGCAGUCAAGAAUGCCGACGACUCGACCGCUUCGGACUACGCCUACUCGCACAGCGUCAAAGAGGCGCUCGAGACCAUGGGUCGGGCGCGCUAUGAGAGCCGCAAAAAGACGCGGCGGGUCCCUGUGGCGACUGUGAUGCCUGCAGCCAUCCGGCCGUCUGUAUCUACUGCCUUUUCUCAGGGUGACGAAUCGACUGUUUCAGACAGACAGUCGCGGUCCCGUCCGUUCCCGUCUUUUCUCAGCCGCAAUGGAUCGCUUGGCGGGGCGUCGAGGAGCAACUCGAACACCACGCCUGUGCGCAACACUUUCCAUGACACCAGUGCAUCAGAAAACACGCCCGAGCUGUACGACGACUGGGAUCCAGAGAAGACGUUUGCGCAGCCUGGCCAGGAUCUGUUCCCCAGCAAUCGGGGCGCGUUUUCGUCGCCACCGGUACAGCGCGUCGCCAGCCCUGCUCAGCACGCCACACCGAGUCGCACGUCGAUCGAUCUAUAUGCUGAAGUGCUGAAUCUUUCUCCGCGCGCCCCACCGCCACUUGUGCGCAGAACACCGAGCCCGGGGAAUAUUGCAGCUUCAGCGGACAAGGUGAGGAUGCAAGACGCUGCGGCCAUGUCGCUGUUUCGCACCUCGACGCCGCAGCCUGGAUCCGGACAUGUGCCGGGCAGGAUCGAGACCCCGCCGAUCCCAUAUGGAUUCAGGAGCGAGAGUCCGAUGACGCUAUCGGUGAGGUCCAAUAGGAGCGGGGUCAAGUCUCCUCCCGUGCCGCUGGUGGUGCCGAGCGGGAGGAGGAGUACAUCUGAUUCGGCAACGAGUGACGGUGGGGUCAGGAGCGAGCACGGCAACGCAUCGGCAGGGGAGAGAAGCUCAGGCGGACCGCCGUUGCUGGCUCCGGUUGCGACGUUGCCACAGAAUUCUCAGCUGUUUGGGGGUAAUCACGAUACGAGUAUAGACAAGGGUGGGAAGGCGGACUCAGUGGAUGAGAGGUUUGGGAGAAGCGUGUAUGAUGAGGUACAAGCGGCGGGGGGACGUCGUGAUUCCAGCCCUUCUACGCCGAGACCUGCAGAUGAUCGCGAGACUUUCGCUUGA